AUGCAGUCCCGGCUCCUUCUCCUCCGGGCGCCUGGUGGCCACGGCGGCCCAGCCGCCCGACGCGUACGACUGCUCCUGCGGCAGGUGGUACGGGGCAGGCCGGGCGGCGACGGGCGGCAGCCCGAGGUCAGACUGCUGCACGCCGGGGCAGGGGCCGACACAGGUGAGACAGUUAAUAUUGGAGAUGUAUCCUACAAGUUGAAAACACCCAAGAACCUGGAACUAGUGCCACAUAACUAUAUUUCAGAUUCUCUGGCUCAAUCUGUAGUUCAGCAUCUAAGAUGGAUAAUGCAGAAGGAUCUUUUGGGACAAGACGUCUUUCUAAUAGGACCUCCUGGGCCGCUUCGGCGCUCUAUUGCUAUGCAGUACUUGGAGCUGACCAAGCGGGAGGUUGAGUACAUUGCCCUGUCAAGGGACACCACUGAAACGGACCUCAAACAGCGUCGAGAGAUCCGCUCUGGUACUGCGUUUUACAUUGAUCAGUGUGCGGUUCGUGCAGCCACAGAAGGCAGAACUCUCGUUUUGGAAGGUUUGGAAAAGGCGGAGCGGAAUGUCCUGCCUGUUUUGAACAACUUGCUGGAAAAUAGGGAGAUGCAGCUUGAAGAUGGACGUUUCCUGAUGUCUGCCGAGCGUUACGACAAACUUCUCCAAGAUCAUUCUAAAGCAGAGUUGGAUGCUUGGAAGAUUGUCCGGGUUAGUGAAAAUUUUCGAGUGAUUGCCUUGGGCUUGCCGGUACCUAGAUACUCUGGGAAUCCAUUAGAUCCCCCUCUCCGUUCUCGAUUUCAAGCCAGAGAUAUUUAUUACCUCCCUUUCAAGGACCAACUUAAGCUGCUAUAUUCAGUUGGAGCCAGAGUUCCUGCUGAGAAAGUUUCUCAGCUUUUGUCCUUUGCCACAACUCUCUGUUCCCAAGAAUCUUCUACUCUUGGACUUCCAGAUUUUCCUUUAGAUAGUUUACCAGCUGCAGUUCAAAUCUUGGACUCCUUUCCUAUGAUGUCAGUCAAACAUGCAGUCCAGUGGCUUUACCCAUACACUAUAUUAUUAGGGCAUGAAGGGAAGAUGGCGGUAGAAGACGUUUUAAAGCGCUUUGAACUCCAGGAUUCAAGAAGUUCUAUACUUCCUAACGAAGUUGUAAAAGUGGAGAGGAUGACAGAAAACCGUGUCUCUCAAGCUUCGGUGACUGUUCAGAUUGCAGAAAAAGAGGUGACCAUUAAGGUGCCCUCUGGGACCAAGCCUAUAAGUCAACCUUGUGCCUCAGACCAUUUCAUACAAACAUUAAGCCAUAAGCAACUAUUGGCUGAAAUGAUGCAGUCUCACAUGGUGAAGGACAUAUGCUUAAUUGGAGGGAAAGGUUGUGGAAAAACAGUCAUUGCCAAGUACUUUGCCGAUAUCUUAGGAUACAACAUAGAACCCAUCAUGCUCUAUCAGGAUAUGACCGCACGGGAUCUACUACAGCAGAGAUACACGCUCCCGAAUGGAGACACUGCCUGGCGGUCCUCACCCCUUGUGAGUGCUGCUCUGGAAGGAAAACUUGUCCUCUUAGACGGUAUCCAUCGGGUCAACGCUGGCACACUCGCUGUACUGCAAAGGCUGAUCCAUGACCGAGAGCUAAGCCUGUAUGAUGGUUCUAGGCUGCUGAGAGAAGACAGGUAUAUGCGUUUAAAGGAGGAGCUAAAAGCGUCUGAUGAGGAGCUGCAGGAGAGAUCCAUUUUCCCCAUCCACCCAUCCUUCAGAAUCAUCGCCCUGGCAGAGCCCCCUGUUAUUGGAAGCACUACACAACAGUGGCUGGGACCCGAAUUCUUAACCAUGUUCUUUUUCCAUCAUAUGAAGCCACUUGUCAAAAGUGAAGAAAUCCAAGUGAUUAAGGAAAUGGUCCCAAACAUACCUCAAGAUGCUGUGGAGAAAUUGCUGUCAUUUACACACAAACUCAGAGAGACACAGGAUCCAACGGCGCAAUCACUGGCAUCAUCACUUUCCACCAGGCAGCUGUUGAGGAUUUCUCGUCGCCUGUCACUGUAUCCUGAUGAAAACCUUCAUAAUGCUGUCACUAAAGCCUGCCUUUCCAGGUUCUUACCAAGCCUAGCAAGAUCUGCAUUAGAGAAAAAUCUGUCAGAUGCUUCAAUAAAAAUAAUGACUGAUAAUAAUCUGGAACCAGAAUUGAAAGAUUACAAAUGUGAAGUAGUAUCUGGAUGUCUGAGGAUCGGAGCUGUCAGUGCACCAGUAUUCAACGCCCAUGAGAAAAUGAAAGUGCCUGAUGUUCUGUUCUAUGACAAUGUGCAGCACAUGAAGGUGAUGGAAGAUAUGCUGAAAGAUUUUCUCCUAGGAGAGCACCUAUUGCUGAUUGGUAACCAGGGUGUAGGAAAGAACAAGAUUGCUGACAGAUUUCUUCACCUGCUCAACAGACCACGAGAAUACAUCCAACUGCAUCGGGAUACCACGGUACAAACCCUUACUCUUCAACCCUCUGUUAAAGAUGGACUCAUAGUAUAUGAAGACUCGCCUUUGGUGAAAGCAGUAAAGUUGGGCCAUAUUCUUGUAGUAGAUGAAGCAGACAAGGCUCCAACAAAUGUCACCUGUAUUUUGAAAACUCUAGUGGAAAAUGGAGAAAUGAUCUUAGCAGAUGGAAGACGUAUUGUUGCAAAUUCGGCUAAUGUAAAUGGAAGAGAAAAUGUUGUCGUGAUCCAUCCCGAUUUUAGGAUGAUCGUUCUGGCCAACAGACCUGGGUUUCCUUUCCUAGGCAAUGAUUUCUUCAGUACACUAGGUGAUAUUUUUAGCUGCCAUGCAGUUGAUAACCCUAAACCCCACUCCGAGCUUGAGAUGCUCAGACAGUACGGACCAAAUGUGCCUGAGCCAAUUCUUCAGAAGCUUGUGGCUGCCUUUGGAGAACUGAGGAGCUUGGCUGACCAGGGGACAAUCAACUAUCCUUAUUCCACUCGAGAAGUCGUCAACAUAGUCAAACAUUUACAGAAAUUCCCCAAUGAAGGUAUCUCCAGUGUGGUUAGGAAUGUGUUUGACUUUGAUUCCUACAACAACGACAUGAGAGAGAUUUUGACUAGCACUUUACACAAAUACGGCAUACCUAUCGGAGCAAAGCCUACCAGUGUGCAGCUGGCAAAGGAGUUGCCUCUGCCAGAGCAGACGUUCAUGGGCUAUUGGACAAUUGGUCAGUCAAGAAAUGGAACGCAAAAACUUCUGUGUCCAGCAGAAACUCAUCGUAUAGAUAUAAAGGGUCCAGUACUAAUAAACAUACAGGAGUAUCCAAUAGAAAGACAUGAAGAAAGAUCCCUCACCUUUACUGAAGAAUGUGUCUCCUGGAAAUUACCAUUGGACGAAAUUAACUUAGUCUGUGACAUUGCUACAUUACACGAAAACGAGAGAAAUACUCUGUGUGUAGUUGCAUGCAAUCCCGUUACCUUGUACUUUAUGGAUAUGACUGGAGAAAAUGUCUCCUUCGUGGACCUUUAUGACAUCUUCCCAAGAACAGCCAGUGGAAUUUGGCAGCCGUUUUUAACAGCAGCACCUCUGGGAAAUCCCCUUCAAGGUCAAGUGGUUCUCCACGAACAGCAGAGUAAUGUCGUCCUGUUGUUAGAUAUAACCGGCCGAACCCUUCGCCGCCUCAUCCUCUCUCCCAAAGAAGAAAGUAUGAACAAAAGCUCUUCCUGGUGGAACAAGGACACUGAAACUUAUAAAAUGUGUAAAGAAUUUUCACACAAAAACUGGCUAGUAUUCUACAAAGAAAAAGGGAGCAGCCUCAUUGUGCUGGAUGUUCUGGAAGGACGAACUCACACCAUCUCGCUUCCCAUCACCCUCAAGACAGUUUUCCUUGUCGCGGAAGACAAGUGGCUUCUGGUGGAGAACGGAACAAACCAGAAAUACCUCUUAACUAAGCCAGCGCACAUCGAAUCUGAGGAGCGUGGGGUUUGCCAGUUGCAUGUGUUGAAAGAGGAACCGCCCAGCACAGGGUUUGGAGUUACACAAGAAGCAGAGCUCAGCAUACCUCAUAAAGUUUCAAGUGAUCAACUGUCAUCUGAAAAUCUAAGUUCCGCUGUGGGGCAAAAGAUUUCCUCUCCUAACCGAGUCCUCUCUGAUGACAGCACUUAUGCUACAAUAGUUGUUGGCUUCCCAGAUCUCAUGUCACCCAGUGAAGUUUAUUCUUGGAAACGACAGUCAUCUUUGAGUAAACGCAGUGUGGCUGAUCCCCCAGGGUUCUAUGGAGGUAGAAAGAAAAGUGGUACUCCAAAACAGAGGAACUGUGUGGCUCUCUUAGACGCCAAUCAGAUAGUCAGGAUUUUGCCCACAGGAGAAGUCCCUCUAAAGGAUAUCUACCCAAAAGAUGUUACCCCCCCACAAACAUCUGGUUAUAUAGAAGUUACUGACCUUCAAUCAAAGAAACUCCGAUAUAUCCCUAUUCCCAGAUCAGAUUUUCUCUCGCCAUAUACCACUUGGCUGUCUACCAUCUCAGAUACAGAUGUCCUGCUUGCUGAGUGGGGCAAUGGUGGCGUUGUUACUGUUGACAUGGGAGGUUGCGUCCGGCUCUGGGAAACUGGACUUGAACAUCUGCAACGCUCGCUUAUGGAAUGGAAAAACCUGAUUGGACAAGAGGAUGACAAACCCGUACAGAUAACAGUCAACAGAGAUAGUGAUGAAGACGUCAGCACACCCAAACAUGGGAAGGAAGAUCCAGAAAACAUGCCCCAUGUAGGUGGCAAUACCUGGGCUGGUGGAACAGGAGGAAGAGACACUGCAGGUCUGGGUGGCAAAGGAGGCCCUUACCGGCUUGACGCAGGCCACACGGUAUACCAGGUGUCUGAGGUGGAAAAAGAUGCAAUUCCUGAAGAAGUGAAGAAAGCUGCACGGGAAAUGGCCCAGAAAGCUUUUCAACAGAGGCUGAAAGAGAUCCAAAUGAGUGAAUAUGAUGCCGCAAGCUAUGAAAGGUUUUCAGAUGCUGUUCGCCGACAGGUGCACUCCCUCCGUGUCAUUCUGGAUAACUUACAGGCUAAAGGUAAAGAAAGACAAUGGCUCCGGCACCAAGCUACAGGAGAACUAGAUGACGCCAAGAUCAUCGAUGGGCUGACUGGAGAAAAAGCCAUCUACAAGCGCCGGGGCGAGCUGGAGCCACAGCUGGGCAGCCCGCAACAGAAACCCAAACGUCUGAGCCUGGUUGUGGAUGUGUCUGGCAGCAUGUACCGCUUUAACGGGGUGGAUCGCCGGCUGGAGCGCUCCAUGGAGGCUGUGUGCAUGGUCAUGGAAGCCUUUGAGAACUAUGAGGAGAAGUUCCAGUAUGACGUCAUUGGACACUCUGGAGAUGGAUACAAGAUUAGCCUAGUUCCAAUGAACAAAAUCCCGAAGGACAACAAACAAAGACUAGACAUUCUGAAGACAAUGCAUGCGCAUGCUCAGUUCUGCAUGAGUGGGGACCACACACUUGAGGGGACAGAACAUGCCAUCAAGGAAAUCACUAAAGAAGAGGCUGACGAAUACUUUGUCAUCGUCUUGAGUGACGCAAAUCUGUCAAGAUAUGGGAUACACCCUGACAGAUUUGCCCAAAUCCUGACAAGCAACCCACAAGUAAAUGCGUUUGCCAUUUUUAUUGGCUCCUUAGGUGAUCAAGCAACCAGGCUUCAGAGAACUUUACCCGCGGGCCGGUCCUUCGUUGCCAUGGAUACCAAGGAUAUCCCUCAGAUUUUACAGCAGAUCUUCACCUCCACCAUGUUGUCGAGUAUUUAA